AUGGCAGCCGUCUUGUCCUCCGUCACUACCCAACUCUCUACUGCCACUCACCGUCACCUUCCCCCCUUCCGCCGCCGCGACAGAAACACCGUCCACCUUUACUCUCCUUCGCCUCCGCCGGCCACCGCCAACGCCACUAUCAACACUUCCUCCAUCGAGCACCGAAUCCAAGAAUCCCUCUCCCUCCUCGACCUCAUGCAAUCCGAAUCCAUCUCACCAGACCCAUCUCUCCUCUGCUCCAUCCUCAAGUGCUGCGCCGACGCUCGCUGCCUCCGCCUCGGCCGCAUCGCCCACGAAAAAGCCGUCCUUGCUGAACUCGACACCGACCCUUUCGUGGGUAAUAGCCUCCUUCUCCUCUACUCCCGCUGCGGCUUCCUUUCCACCGCACGGAAACUAUUCGACGAAAUGCCUUCUCGAAAUGUUGUCUCCUGGACCACUGCCAUCUCCAUGUACCACCACGCCGGACUCCCACACGAAGCUAUCAAUCUUUACCGACUGAUGUGCGGCGGCGCCGCCUUUGACAACUCGGUCGUCAAACCCAACUGCUUCACCUACACCACUGUGCUCAACUGCUGCGCGAGUGUCAAGGACUUCGAAUUAGGUGUUAAGGUACACGGGCAGAUUGUUGAUGAUGGGUUGCAGAAUGACAAAUUUAUAAUUGUUGCGUUGAUCGAUAUGUACACAAAAUGCGGAAAGGUUUGUGAUGCACGCAAGGUGUUUGAUAAAAUUCCCGAGCUAUCAAUUGAGGCUUCCACCGCUAUGAUAGAAGGUUACAGUGGCAAUGGCCAACCCAAGGAUGCAGUUGAUGUUAUGAGGAUGGUUUUGAGAUCAGGACCAUUAGCAGAAAUGGUGAUUGCAUUGGGUUUUACUGCCAUGAUUCGACCUUUUUUAAUGGAAAUGGCACUUCGACAUGGACAGGAAAUCCAUGCUCAUAUCAUCAAAUUUGGGCAUAAGCCAGAGAACAAACAUCUGAGUGCGCUUCUGAAUCUGUACGAGAGAUGUGAUAAGAUGGCCAUUGCUUACCGAGUUUUCAAAGAAUUGGAAGUCAAAGAGUUUGGGCUAUGGAGAAGAUUGUUGUCUGGAUUUGUAAGGAAUGGAUUGUAUGCUGAAGCAUUGAUGAUUUAUGCUGAGAUGACCACUUUGGAUUAUAAAAUGAGUCAUUUUGUGGUGAUUGAAGCUCUAAACGCCUGUGUUGGGAUGCGGGGUCUGAAAGAAGGGAGACAGAUUCAUGGCACAUUGCUUAAAGUGGAGAAUUUGAUGGGAAGUACUUCACUCACUGUUCUGUCUGAGCUUUACAUUACUUGUGGGAAGCAUGAAGAAGCUUUGAAGAUUAUUAUGUAA